CAUUGCGAAGUCCACCCUCCACUACUCAACUUCUCAAUCUCGUUGUUACUCUGCAAAUCCAAAAUGUCCAUAGCCAUAGUAGACCACGCCCUUCCCUACGAUUCUCACAAUCUCUACGAUGUUACAUUCUACACUCACAACAUUCACACAUUGCUCACUUCUUCCCCUUCGAUGGUCGAUUCCUGGCUCUCCGAGACCCAUAACCUCCAUUCCCUCCCUCAACCUCUUAUCGUCGGCCUCGACGUUGAAUGGCGCCCAAAUUUCCAGCGCAAUAUGCAGAAUCCGGUUGCCAUAUUACAACUCUGUGUCGGCCCUCGAUGCCUCAUAUUCCAAAUCCUCCACGCUCCAAACAUCCCCCAAUCUCUGAUCAGUUUUCUCGGAAACGCGAAUCACAAGUUUGUGGGCGUUGGGAUUGAAGAGGAUGUGGAGAAACUUGUGUGUGACUACGACUUAAGUGUGGCUACGUACGUUGAUCUGCGCGAUCUGGCGGCUGACAAGUUGGGGGACAAGGAUUUGAAGAAAUCGGGACUCAAGACUUUGGCCCUGCGUGUUCUUGAGAAGGAAAUUGAGAAGCCAAAGAGUAUUAGCAGAAGCAGAUGGGACAAUCCGUGGCUUAAUUCUGAGCAGGUAAAGUAUGCUUGCAUCGAUGCCUUUAUUUCUUUUGAAGUUGGAAGGCUUUUGUAUUCUGGCGAACUCUAGCCAUGUGGAUUGCUUGUGAUUCAGAAUUUGGGACCAAUACUUGAUUGAUUUGAGUAGUGGCACCGCUCAUGCAUAAGUCAAUUUUAGAGCGAUGUGUGUUUCUGUUUUAUGUAAAUUUCAUUGAGUGAGCUUGUAUUUGAUGAAACUUUUUUCUGUUUUUCAUGUCUGAGUUGUUCUAUCUACGUUGUAUGAAGUGACGUUACCAAUGUCA